CAUUACCAUCACAAUGGCCGCACUUUUCCGCUCGUCGCGGAGCAUUUGUCAUUGCCAAAGGUCAUUCUCGACAUCUGUACCUCGCGCAGUCAGCCUGCAGUGGGACAAAAACGAUUCCGAAGCGCUCGCGGAUGUGCUACCUCCAUACCCCUACGGACCAGCACGAUGGUAUAAACAGAGCAAUCGAGGUCUAUACGGCGGACAACGGAAGCAAUUCGGCAACAAUGUCAGCGGCGACUUCGAGGUCAAGACGCGACGCACGUGGAAACCCAAUGUCUUCACACGAAAGCUAUUCAGCAAGGCUCUGAAUCGACAUGUACAAGUGCACGUUAGCGCGCGUGUACUGCGGACCAUCGACAAGCUCGGAGGGCUCGAUGAGUAUCUGCUCGGCGAGAAAGAGGCAAGGAUUAAGCAAUUAGGAGUAUCUGGCUGGUGGCUUCGGUGGGCUAUUCUACAGACACCUCAAGUGAAGGCACGCUUUGCAGCAGAGAGAGAACAACUUGGCUUGCCCGCAGAUCUGGAUCAGGCGUCCGCGGUAGAGGAAGCAUUGUCUGAGCCUAGUGAGGAGGGUGAGGCUGAUACAGAGGUCGUUGCUAUGGACGGUACCUUCCAAGUGGAGCACAACCCGGAUCUGCCUCCCAUCAAAUUCCGAGUAGGACCCAGACAGCAUGUCAUGCUUACGGAGAAUGGGUGGAUGCGCACCAGGCCCGAUCCGCAGAGAUGGGUAGAGCAAACCAGAGAGCGAAUCAAAAAGGACAUGUUCUCCAACUGGUUUGAAAAGAGAGCGGAAAUACUGGAGGCCGAUAUGAAAGAGCGAAGGAAAAAGGUAAACCUGUCUGAGCAAGAGGCAAAAGAUGUCCUUCGAGCAGCAAGAAGAGAAUUGCGAGCGGAGCUGGAGGCUAAGGUGGACAAGGUGUACAAUCGUGAAAAGAACUUCCAGAAAAAGAUCCGGCACUUGAAACAAGAGGAGAAGAAUAGGAAGCAGAGCGAAGAGGCGGAACUACCUGAUGAACUGAGCAUCUGAAUACUCGCACUCGAGCUGCAGUUAGAUGGAAAGCAAGCAACAGCUUCAAGACGCAGCGACGCGAGCAACCACACCUUCAAUU